CGUUCAGUGGCUGGGUGAACUAUCCGACGCGCAGACGCCUUAUGGACUAAAUAAAAAUAGCACUAAAUACUUUUGACCUUUAAGGUUAAGUACAACAUCAAGAGCCGGCCGGCGCAACCUAACCUCAAAAAUUUUGAAGAAUGGCGUCAAUGGUACAUCGACACUUUGAUUUAAGGAAUUGACUGAGUGAGUGCGGCUUUCGGUUUUUGCUACAGUUUUAAAACAAGUGACGGUUUCAUUGACUUAAUAUGGAGGGUGAAAGUGGGCAGUAUCAAAUGCCACAGACGGUGCCGCGGUCCGGGUGCAGCCCGCCGUCAGCGUCGCAGGACGAGAGGGCAGUCCCGGGCUCCCCCGCCGACCUGCACCACCUCCUCCGUCUCCUCGGCGCAGCCUCCCCCCCUGACUCCAUGCUCCACUCCCCCCCUAACCCACACAACAAACCACCCCCACCUUACCCUGAAGACACUCAAAACUUCAUCGAUCGCUUAUACGACUUCGAAUAUCACACCCCUUCCCCUUCCUCGGAAGACACAAUCCCCACAGUUGCCCUACAACCCCCGUCACCUUACAACAUCCAGUAUAACUCCCCCCCAGUCUAUAUAAAAGAAGAACCAAACAGAUUAUCAGUCCCAGGCUUUGCAUCUCCAUAUCCCUUGUCCCCCUCUGGAUCCUGUGCGUCCUACGGCAGCCAAAACCACUACUCAUCGCCUGUACCACAGCACGAAGAAUACAUCGACAUAGAAGAACUACUCAAAGAAAAUCAAAUACUUCAAGAAAGUGUGCAACACACAUACGUCACACCCAAAAUUGAAAUCGAAGAGCCAAGAGAUCACAUUCUUCUUAGAUCAGCUCUCGAAGACACAACGUUUCAAAAACGGUUCAAUUUGAAACCUAUUCCAUUGGAAUUAGGGACUGUGAAAAUGGAAGAGAGUAGCGGAGGCGAUGACGCUUUGGUCGCACCUGAUAUUGACCGCGUGCUGUCUAUGGCUAUAGAACAGUCGAAGAGAGAUGUUGACAACACCUGCACGGUACUUGGAAUCUCACCAGAUCCAAUGCUCUGGAGCACAGGUGAUGUCAAAUCGUGGGUAAUGUUCACGCUGCAACACUUCAACUUGCCGAUGGUCCCAGCAGAAUACUUCGCAAUGGAUGGAGCCGCACUUGUAGCCUUGACUGAAGAAGAAUUCAACCAGAGAGCACCUCAGGGAGGAAGUACUUUAUAUGCUCAGCUGGAAAUUUGGAAAGCCGCUCGACAUGAAGCGUGGAGAACAUCGCAAUGGCCUGAACAGCAAGCUUCUCCGAAACCAACGCCCGCUGUUCUACCAUCAGCUGACGACAUGAGCGAUGACGACGACUCAGAAUCAGCGGGCACUAGUGCCAACACGGCCGGCGGCAAAGCAAAGUCUGGGAGCACACACAUCCACCUCUGGCAAUUCUUGAAGGAGUUGCUCGCAUCUCCGCACAUCCAUGGGUCUGCGAUUCGGUGGUUAGAUCGAAGUAACGGUGUGUUUAAGAUUGAGGAUUCAGUGCGCGUCGCUAGACUGUGGGGAAAGAGAAAGAACAGACCUGCAAUGAACUAUGAUAAGCUGUCCAGAAGCAUCAGGCAAUACUACAAGAAAGGCAUAAUGAAGAAAACCGAAAGGAGUCAAAGGCUCGUCUACCAAUUCUGCCAUCCGUACUCGUUAUAAAUACUCUAGUAUUUAUAUCUAAGUUAGUGUAAAUAUUUAUGAAAAUGUAAAUAAGUGUGUGUACCGCGGUAAUGCGGACUUGGUGAAUACUGGUGAAGUUUUGCCACUCACAAGCAAAACUUGACUCAGUAAUUGAGUUUGUCGACGACCGAAUUUUCGACAGUCUCAUUGGCUGCGAAUCGAAGGCGUCAUCAUCCCUCCAUAAAAUUCGAGAAAGGUAAUUUUCUCUAGAAUUCUAUUGGACGGGAACCUCGCUGUAUGCGUUAGUGUUUAAGUUUUUUUUUACCGGCGACUAGGGGAUGGCAAGACGGUAACAUUUAAUCGAUUAUUAAUCGACUCAAUCCGCUUGCCGUCUACGAAAGCUGGUAAUGUUUAUCCCAUAUAUCUAUGAUAUAUUUCUAGUACGUUCUAUGAACUUUUAGGAUUUAAGUGUUCUGUAAAUAUACUGAACAUAGUUAUUAUAAAAGGCAAUUUUAAAAAAAAUAAAAAAAAGGUACUUAAUAAGUUAUACUACGCCUAUGUCUUGCUUUGAGCGAUUAGGUGUAAGUACUCGUAUAAGUGAUAUAAAAUGAGAUUAUUCUCGAGAAAUGUAAGGUUAUAUUAUUAAAUAAUAGUUUUAUUUGAAUAUGAAACGUUUAAUGUUAAAAUAAUACAAAUUAACGACAAGUUAUGUCAAAUUAAAGACAAGUUAUGUCAAAUUAACGACAAGUUAUGUCAAAUUAACGACAAGUUAUGUCAAAAUCACGACAAGUUAUGUCAAAAUCACGACAAGUUAUGUCAAAAAAUAUUUAUGCCUUAGUUUAUUUUAGCGGCGGAGUAAGUGAUUGAAAAUUUGGUUUUGGAUAUAUAUUUUUUUGAGAAUUUUGUGCCAAAUAGACAUAAUUUUUUUUAUUCGGGGCAAAAUUUGUAAAUUGUGAUUAUUUGAGACCCGCCGAUGUAAAUAUUGUCAAAUGUAUUUGCAAUAUUCAGGUGACGGUAUCCUAUGAAAUAAAGUUUGUGUUUAAGUUAUAUAUAGACGCAGUUAGCGUCGAAAAUAAUUAUUAAUUGUAAUAUUGUACCAAACUAAUCUAGUGUUAUUAUUCAUUGUAAUGUCACAAUAAAUUUUAAUGGCCAUUUUA